UCUUCCGGAUUCCGGCUGCCACGGGACAGCACCCUAAAAGCGGAAAAAAUAUCGUGAGAACAUUGAUGAAAAUUUUUUAGAACAUUUCUUUGAUUUUUUUUUUUACAAAUUGCAAUAAUUUUCAGGGAUGCCAAAAAGAUCUACGCGCGUGCUCGUCUUUUCUUAGAAUUUUUUACAUGUGUGAAAUUUGAAAUAUUAUAUAAGAUUUUUCAUUUUAAUUUUUAACAUUGUAUAAGAUUUAAUCAGAAAUUAUGGAAUAAAAAGUUUUAGUAAUCUUAGGGUACUUCAGAAUUAUUUUUAGAAAGGAUAUAGACUGUCAACAGUUCUGAAGUAUUUCACUUUGCAUAAAAAAUUCUGAGAAAUCUUUUGAAAAAUUAUGUGAAAAGUUUUGAGAAAAAUUUUUACUAAAGGAAAAGUAAAAUUUAAAAACAAUAAGUACGAGAAUGGCAAAGAGCAGGUGACAGAAGAGAGAAAAAUAAUCAGAUUUAUGUUUGCUUUGGGUAUUUCUAUCAAUGUAGAUUUUGGUAUCAAUUAAACUGUGUAGUAUUUAAAAAAGAUAAAAAAUAAGUCAAUUUACAUCGACAGAAUUAAAUGAACAUCAGACUUCGAUUAAAUUAAUUUGUAUUAAUUUAAUCGACAAUUAACAUUACCAAGUAGCUUCCGUUAUACUUUCGUUAACAGAUUAUUAAUUUUGUUUAUUACAGGAAAGAGGACAGAAUGAGGAUGACGAACGUUAGAAAAUUGUGCUGUUAUCAACCCUGCCAGUUAAAUCGAUUAAGUUAGUCAAAAGUUCGUCUCGCUUUUUAUCCAAAACUCAUAAAAAAAACGCUAGAAUCUUCCUUUAUUUAUAUAGAAUGCAUAUUGUCAGCAGAAAAGUAUGGAGAGGAGCAUUUAAAAUUUAAUUUUUUGCAGACGCCGCCGAACUGCGAACGAAUUCUAGCGGCGCGUUCCGAAAGCCAUCGAGAAAUGGUCGGCGAAGGUUGGAAAAGGAAAUGGACGCGUGACUCGAGAUAUCCGGAUAACCGUUUAGAACGCGGUGUGAAGUUGUGAACCGCCACUGGCACGGCCACCAUUUCCGGUACUCUGUCGCGCAGGACCAACGGACGCUCCGCGAGUGUUUCGUAGAGGCUAUCGGCGCCGAAUUUUCGCCUCGCACGGGGAAUCGGCGCGUCGGCUGCUGAGAGUGAGCGGCGAACGUGGACACAGCGGUCCUGGUCGAGCGCGACCGGUUGAAACCGCGGGACGAAGUGAUGCGCGGACGUAUCCGACGGACGACGAGCGGCGGUUGUGUAAAUAGCGCGCAGUGGUCGUCUGCGCACGCCCGGUGCGCAUCCGCGGCCAGAUGAGCGCGCGAUUACGCGCGGACGGAUAGACGCGAGGGUCGCGAGGGGAUCGUGAGAGAGGGAGAGAGAGGGAGAGACGCAUAAACACACGAGGGAGAAAAGGAGAAGAGAGCGAGAAACUUUACGGUGAACCGACACCGACACUCUACUGUGUGCGGCAGUGUGCGGGGUGUUCGCGGUAAUCGGCCGUUCUAUUAGGCACAGUGCUCGAACGUGGAUACGAAUCGAUAGCGUCAAUUAUUGACUCGCGGUCGGGCGACGUAGAAGGCGGUGUGGUGCGCGAGACGUCGGCUUGGUUCCGCUAUGGACGGCGCGAACGUAAAUGGCGGGAACGCCGCCGCGGUGCCGCGCGAGGAUCCUAACCUCGCGAGUGGCGGUAGCGGUGCUGGUGACGCGAGUGUUGCUGCGAUCGCGCCGAUGACGGAGGCACAGGGCUCGGGCGGCAAGACGUCCGCCGGUGGUAAUGGGGAUGCGCAGGAGGUUAACGGCGAAUUGCGGGGCAGCCCUAGGAAGCACGUCGCGCCGCUGCCCCGCAGACGGCUGAAAAAGUUCAAGGCCAAUUCCACAGGCGCCGCCGUGGAGAGCGACGCGGCGACGACGACGACGGCGGCUACGACGACGAUGACGACAACGACAACAACAACGGCGACGACGGCACCUGGAACGAGAGGGCGCAAGCGCAAGUUCUCGGAGCGUGGAGACGCCAGCUCUGAAGAAUCCGAGGAGUUCAACGGCUUCGACUCUCGGGGAAUUGAACUUCAACCGGGCAGUCACGUACUGAAGAAACUCAUUGCCGAAGCAGAAAUAGCAGAGGCACAGCUUACAAAACGCAUAAAAUAUUCUACUGGGACUUUUGAUAGAGAAAAGACGGAUGACAGUCAAGAUUUGAUUGACGACAUGAAAACCUAUGUUUACGGAACAGACAGUUUCGAGCACUUGGAAAUAACAAAGAUUAAAAAAGAGAAGGAAUCUGAUAGAUCGGAAACAGAUUCUAUCGAUAUACCAAAUAGCAUAGAUUCUGAAGAGCCAAACAAAAUCGAUUUAACUUCCGUUAGAUCGGCGAAUUCCUCGUCGGCCGCGAGUAGUCCAUCCGCAACAUCACAAAGAUCAAAAGGUAGUCUCAUUUCUGGUGGUGCUAGUCCAGGAGGAAAACAGAAAGCUGUUGUUGACAUGUCAAAUCCUUUAUACAAAGAGCCAUUUAAAUACGGUUGGAAGCGAGAAUUAGUGUUUAGAGCUACUAAUGAUUCUUCCUUCAAAAAAAUGGCUGAUAUAUAUUACUACACACCAAAGGGAAAAAAAGUUAGAAGUUUUAGAGAAGUAGCAGAAUCUCUUAAUUCAAAGGAAUUGACCAUUGACAAUUUUACAUUCUUUAAAGAACCUAUUGGACUCAAUGAUCCUGAAAAGGAAGUUAUUCGAGAUGCUAAAAGGAUCCGAGGAUCGGGUGGAUUUGCAGCAAAGAAAUAUAAUAAGAAAGCUUUAUCAAUAAAAAAGGCAGUCCAGGAACCUGUAAUAAAGAAACCAGCACAGGAACCUGUAACGAGAAAAUCUGAAUCUGGUACAUCAAGAAAACAGCCGAAACCGGAACCUCCAGCAGCUACACCUGCUCCUCCUGAAACUUCAAAGGUUGUUCCUGCACCUGUACCAGUACCUACAAAAGCAGCUAAAUCGACAAAAGCAUCAGCUUCUCCAGCAUAUAAAACAAAAACAACUACAAAGAAAACUCCUCAAAUAAAAAUGAAAUCAUCAGAAGAAAGUGAGAUGCUUCCACCUCAACGGAGUGUGGCAAAUACAAGACGAAACCAGCAAGCAGCUGAGAAGGUUAUACCAGUCAAAACCAAAAGAUUAUUAACACCCAAAGUUCAAGAGCCAUGCAGUAUAAGAUGUUCGACAAGUAUGGGAUUAAUACCAAGUUUACAAUGUCGAGUUUGUCUCUGUUUAUAUCAUCCUGAAUGUGUUGAUGGCAUGGAAUUUGCAGGCAAUGAUGAAUAUGUCUGCAAGAAUUGUCAGCCGGAUACUAAAGAAUCUCACAUGCCAAAUAAUCCAUCUUUAACACCACCUCCAUUGAUUCCGAUUAGUAUGUUAGGUGCGCAAAAUGCAAAAUCAAAACAUCAGACUAAUUCGUCUCCUCCGAAAUUGCAAAGAAUUCCAAAGAAUUCCGACGGUACGGAAGUGCAAACAAGAAAUUCUUCCAAAACUAUUAAAACACCAUCUUCUGUAACAAACUCGCCUAUAACCGUCGACAAAAAGGAAGGUCCAUGGUUUCCUCAAACGGAAAAUGAAUUUUUGCAAAGUCACGAUGGUACUAUGCCAAAACCAGCUCAAAAUAUUGCUGUAAUGGGUGGCAAAAGAUACAUUGUAGUACCAAAAAAUAAUGCAAUGGCAGUUCAACCGGCUAUAACAGUAAAACCAGACAAAAUUGGCGAUAAGCCGCCGUUGCUUCAAGACAGUUUACUUACUGACAUUUCGAAUACUACAGAUAAUUCUGUGGCAGAUUUAUGUAUACCUCCGUCCUUAAAUACUGAUUUACCUGAAAAAAUAAAUGUUACAUCUGAUAAAGAAGUCGCAAAAGAUGCGAUUCAUCAGACAGAUCUUGUUUCUUCUGUUACUACAGAAACGACUGAAACAUUUAUACAUGAUGAUACAGAUAAGGAUAGUAAAAAUACACCUAAAAGAGACAAUUCUGAAAAUAUAUUAGAAAACGAAUCUUUUACUGCCAAUACAGAUGAUGUCUCAGAAAAGCAAAAAGUUGAUAUUUGUAGUUUACCUGAAAGUAAACCCACAUGUACUUCUGUACAUACGGCAAGUGUUAUUAAUACUCUUGAAGCAAGUGUAGAAACUGAAACAAUUGAAGCAGAUCGACAACAACCGCAACCAAGUAAAGUGGGUACCGUAAAAAAAGUUAAAAAGAGCAAGAGGAAGCAAACCCAACAGGAAUUAGAACAACAGCAAAAUUUUAUGAAUUCAGUCUGCGCCGGUUAUCAUGCCUUGCUGCGUAUUUUCCAAUACCUUAAGGUCCAAGAGUUAUUGCGAGCCGCGCGAGUUUGUAAAAUGUGGCGUGAUCUCGCCGCACAUCCAUCUUUGUGGAAGACCGUACGAAUGAAGAAUAGUCAAGUAACUGAUUGGGAUGGUUUGGCGGAUACGUUACAGAGACGUGGCACGCAGCAUCUAGAUCUCAGGAAAAUGUUAGUCGCUGGCGAAUCCGACAACAUCUGGAAGAAAUUCUUGUCUGUCAUACCCCGAGUGACCAGUCUCGUGAAGCUUGAACUGUGUAGAUGUCCCGUUAUAGUUGUGGAAGAAGUCAUCAAGACCUGUCCACAAUUGGAAGUAUUCAGUGCAAUGUCAAUCAAGUGCGAUUCUCUCACAUUAGAGUCGAUCGGGAAUUUGAGUCGAUGUCAAGAACUUAGGCUUAAGGCAAUAACUGGAAUGUCACUACAACAAGAUCUCACGCCGUUACAAGAUUUAAAGCACUUGACACAAUUGAGUUUGACAUCAGUUAAAGAACUCGGGAAGAAAAAAAUUGAAGUCAUACAAGCAUUGACGAAUUUAGAGACAUUAGAAUUGGGCGAGUGCUCCGACUUUCCUGACAAGUUUGGAACUAUUGUUUUAAUAAACUUAAAAAAAUUAGAACGUCUUAGACUUGAAAAAGGUCAAGGAUCCUGUUGUACAUUUGACAUCCUUGAAGGCGUAUCGAAAUUGGAGAAUUUGAGUCAAAUGGAAUUGGUUAAUUUUGAUGUAAAGAACGGCUUUGACAAAUGUCUUGCUAACUGCAAAAACAUUAAGAGGUUAUUAAUUAUACCGACUUACAUAUCUCAAUCGGCAACGUCCAACAACAUGGUACUCGGCGGUGUCACAGAACUAUCAGACAAUUUGACGCAUUUCAUCUGGGGCGUUACGCUCGAAUUACUCAGAGUUACGGAACUGUUUGUUGAUCAAUGCAACCUUAUGAAUAAACAGGUUACUGGAGAUUCUAUACCAGUUUUGAAACCUGUCCCCUGUUUAAAAUUAAUUGCCGAUGUUGAGGAUGAGAACGAGAACCAAAAAGGCGAUGACAAGCAACAGCCGCAUCUAACCAGUCCGCAAGUCGACAUUUUACCGUUGCCACAAUUGCAGAAGCUUCUUUUAACCGCGUUGCCUAAGACACGGGUCAAAAUUUUAAAAAUUCCCUUUCAUGCCACAUGGCGGCAAAGCAUUUCCGAUACCACCACACAAUAAAAAUGAACGAGGUGAUACUGAUACGAAGUUGGAUGAGACCAACAAAAUUAGUGACAUUUACGAGAGAGUUGCGGGAAAGUUUUGUAAAGUUAACUUUAUACAGUGGUUUGUGCUCCUAUAUCUAUUAUUUUUUGGAUGGAGAGUAACUUAUGUAUUUAUGUAUUAUGAGUUUUAUAAGUUGCAACGAUUAAUAAUCCUUCACAACGUAUCGGUACACACUGCGGUAUAUUUAGUAUUUUUUGUGAUAAAUACGUGGGACCAUGUGUCAUGCACCAUCUGUCACAGGCUAAUUGAUACGACAAACUGGUACCCUACAUGGGUUAAUUUAAUCAAAUAUAAAAUUCUGACGUUUAUAUAUCAAUUUUAUUUUCUCAAAGGAAAUGAAAAUGGUAUAUAGAUUUGUAUUUUUAAAGUUGCUGUGAUGUGUACCUGCGUUGAAAGUAAUCGAACAUGAUUACACACAAAUAUGUGAAUGUUUUGGAUUCUUAUUAAGCAAUUAAUGUUUGUAAAAUUACAUCUCUUACUAAUGAAAUGUUUAAAAGCGAGAAGAAUUAUUUCAUUCAAUGUUGGUGGUCUUUCAGGAUACGUACACAAGAUCGACAUCCAAUAUCGAAAGUAGUUAAAUUUAUAAUUUUACCUUACGUAACAUCGAGAGUUUACUGGAAUAACAGAAAGUAUGAGAGCACAUGAUCUGUACGGCUCUAUCUAGAGAUUAGACUGUAUAAAAUAAUGCUAUAUACUUAUAAUAUUGUGACUAUCUGUAUCUUUUAAUGUUUAGGAUACGAGUUUUCCGCUGCAAAGAAACUAUGGCAAAAUUUGGGGUAGUAUAGAAUGUGUAAUAUACUUAAUUCAAUGCACAAUACAUAAUCAAAUGUAAUGUUAAAAUAUUCAUUGACAUAUUAUUGAGUACAAAAUGUGUAUAACUGUAAGUUUUCAAUAAUGAAUUCUAUACUCUUAAUGAGAAGCAACUUUCUUUAUUUUGCUAACCCCUAGCAUUAUCUUAUCUAAAAAAAUGUAUUAGCAAGGAAGAGGAAAAGAUUUAUAUUUUAUAUCACGAUAAGAAAGCAACGUGUUAAAAAUACGCAAACUUGCGUUUUAAAUAAUAUAAAUUGGACAUAUUAAAAUUAUGUUAUAAGUAA